CUGAUAUUUCGCUUAUUCUCCCGUGCUCCAUUUGGUAUGUCUACAUUUGCCUCGCUUAAGGGGUUGUCUACCCUAAUCAGUGGGGGGGGAGCUGGUCUAGGUCUUGCCACUGCUAGAAGACUUGUAAAUCAUGGCUGCAAUGUUGUUGUUUGUGACAUUAAUAAAUCGAAAUCAUUCCAAGAUAUUGAGGAUAAAUGCAUAUUUGUCAAGACAGAUAUUACCUCUGAAUCUGACAUUAAGAAAGCCCUGGAAAUUGUUGAAUCCAAAUUUUCACACCUGAAUGUGCUCGUAAACUGUGCGGGCAUUGCCUAUGGACGCAAGAUCUUCUCAGACCAGUCUGGAAAGCUUCAUUCAUUAGAAGAAUUUAAAAAAGUUAUUGAUAUUAAUGUCACUGGUACUUUCAAUAUGACUCGUAUGGCCAUCGCUUUGAUGAUGAAGGCUCAAGCAAAUGCAGAUGGACAGCGUGGCGUGAUCAUCAAUACCUCUAGUGUUGCAGCGUUCGAGGGUCAGACCGGCCAAGUGGCUUAUUCAGCAAGUAAAGGUGCUAUAGUUUCAAUGACUCUUCCGAUUGCACGGGAUCUAGCGCGAGUUGGAAUCCGCGCGAUGACCAUCGCACCAGGUAAAUCUAAAUGA